CCACCGUUCCCCCUCAGUCGGCGCCCCACUAUCGCGGUGUGUGGACGGUGAGAGCGCACAGCUGCCAUACCGUCGCGUUUCCAAGUGCGCGAAACCUGCCGCGGAGAGAGAGACGUGAGACCGCGUUCGUUCCUGGCUCGAUCGGUCGGUCGGCCGCUAACCUACAAAUUCGCGAGGCAGUGCCUCUACGCAGGCGGCGUGGUUCGACCGGCUCGCCAUCGUCCUUCGUAUCCGCCGCGCUUGUAACGUGCGCGCGAUCCUUUGUUUCGUUACAUGCGCUAGCGCGUUCGCACAAGAAAGAGAGAGAGAGCACGUACGCGCGCGCGCGCGCACGCUCCUUUGCCUCUGUCGAGUAAACUGCAGAAUCGGCAAACGGCGAACCGAUGUGCGUCCCUCCUCGCGUGGUUCUCUGUGUUCCGUGCGCGCGUCCAGCAACACGAGCGACGUCCGACGUCUGCCGUACCCUGACGCGACCUUGAACUUGUGUGCCUGUACAUAUUCCGCCGGCCGAUCGCCCUCUCUCGAGACGACAGCAGCGAGGGUGGGAGAACGAGGGAGAAAAAGGGGGAGAAGGAGGGAUACCGAUACAGCGGGAGAGAGAGACGCACGGGCGCCGACGGCGACACGAGCGACGUCGGGAUCCUGGAACCUCGACGAGGAUGUUCCCUUAUUCGACCUUCCCGCCGGUGGGGAUGCAGGUACGAUACUCGGUCGCCGGGCCUGCUGGUAAAAUCAUGCUGGUGGACCACCAGGUGCGGCCACGAGCGACGGAUCAUCGGUGACCAUCGGGACGCGGUGCAUUAACUCUCCGCCGGCAUGGAGGCGACAAACGGCGCGAUCGAGCACGACUUCCACAACACUCUGGUGCCGAUAAAUGGUAGCCAUUCAGGCAGCUCCGGCAGGAGUACGCCGAACGGCGGCGACCCGGCACCAGGCAAACUCUUCGUGGGUGGCCUCUCUUGGCAGACCAGCAGCGAGAAAUUGCGGGAGUAUUUUGGCAUGUUCGGCACUGUCACCGAUGUCCUCAUCAUGAAGGAUCCUGUUACGCAGCGUAGCCGCGGUUUCGGCUUCAUCACGUUCGCCGAGCCCGGCAGCGUCGACAAAGUCCUCAAGUGUCCCAUCCACACCCUGGAUGGCAAGAAGAUUGAUCCUAAGCACGCGACGCCGAAAAACCGCGCGAAACAGGCCAAUCGCACGAAGAAGAUCUUUGUGGGCGGUGUCAGUCAGGACACAAGCAGCGACGAGGUCAAGGCCUACUUCAAUCAGUUCGGCAAGGUGGAGGAGACGGUGAUGCUGAUGGAUCAGCAGACCAAGCGCCACCGAGGCUUCGGCUUCGUCACCUUCGAGAACGAGGACGUGGUCGACCGCGUGUGCGAGAUACACUUCCACACGAUCAAGAACAAGAAGGUCGAGUGCAAGAAGGCGCAACCGAAGGAGGCAGUGCAGCCGGGCGCGCUCGCUCUCGGCAAGAGGGUAGUGCUGGGCGCUCUGGGCGUGCGGCUGGCGCCACAACCACCGCUGCCGGUCGCCGCGGCGGCCUCGCAGCUGGUAGCCGCACAGGCACAGGCGGCGCAGGUGCAGGCGGCCGCGGCCGCGGCGGCGGCGGCGCAGGUGCAAAACGCGGUCGCGGGUUACGGUAAGCUGUUCGCCGCCACCGGCGGCUAUCCGACGCUGUCAGCGUAUCGAUACGCGCCCUAUCCGAUACCGGCGGCAGUAGCGGCGGCGGCUGCCGCGGCGGCGCCGACCGCGCAAGCAGCACCGGCGCCGUCACCCGGUGCGGCUGCGGCCGCUGCCGCUGCCGCGGCGGCAGCGUCCUCGCCCGCUGCGGCCGCGGCCGCCGCCGCGGCGCCCGGCAACCCCUAUCAGGGCUAUUCGCUCACCAACGUGGACAUGUCGAGCUUCCAGGGCGUCGACUGGGGAUCUAUGUACGGGAUGGGGAUGUACGUUUAAGAAGGCCAACGCGCGCCUUUACAAUUUGAUCUCUUGGAUUCCCCAAAGGGUCCUCCUCUCUCGGGGGGGAUUCCCCGCGUACGGUACUGUGUACCCUGGGAGACACGUUCUCGACGAGACAUAGACCGCGGCGCGAUUCCGCCUUUCGACUCUUAUCCGGGAAUCCAAUGUCGCUGGAAAUGACCCACCGCUCGCGCUGCUGCAAGCUGCUACCAAAUAAUGAUGUUCAAUGAAGAGGAUUCCCGGUUGAUGCUUCCGAUCGUUUCCGUUUCGUCAGUCGUCCUCUUGUCAGCGGGAGAAGCGGUACAGGUGAGAUGAAAUGGGAUUCUCCGAUACUCUCGUCGUCGCGUGAAGUCUGCGAGAGCAGAUAAGCAGAACGAAUCCUCGUGAGGAAAGCUGAUAUAUCUCAAUCGCACACGUGCGAGGAACGAGGAAGAGGGAGAGCGAAGAUCAUCGAGAAGCAAUUGAACCAUUCACCGACGUACGGAAAUCCGGUCAGCGGUGAACGGGACGCAAGCGAAGAGGAUAUCUCGAGGAGAGACGACUGGAGUCUCAUCUAUGUAGUCGUAUUUUCGGGACUGUUUUUUUAAUUAAGUGAAAAUCGAAUGUUUUGCGUUUUUAUCCCCCGUCAUGCGUUACUGAAUUUAUUUGCGAGCGUUGCCACAGAGCAAUUGCUGCCCGAGGAAUCUCGUUAUGCAUGUUAUCAAUCUUUCGAGUACCUCGGCUUCCGUCUCGCGCAUCACACUCGCCGUUUCUGACACAAUCACACGAGUCAUUGCGUUUCAGCACACUUUGGUUCCUACUUAGAUUAACGCGUACGCAUUAGAGUCGGAGGCACGCGCGGUAUCGCGCCUCGUUACACGUCGCCGCGCCCCUUAAUCACUGAUUAAUUAACACGAUCCAUUAGCGGCGGUGGCUCGCGGUGGCCUUCAGCCACUAGACUGUUCCUCCGCAAUGGUCGUUUCCUCGACCGCGAAGCAAUAAAAGGAGGAAAAGUAGAGAGGCACCGGGGUGGACGCCGCGAAAAGCUUAAUCCGCCACGCAAAGCUCGGGAGAACGCUCGACCGUUCCCCUCCUUGAUUCCGUUCUACUUUUUGCCUCCGUUAUACUUUUUUCUCUUGAUAUAUUCUUUUUUUAUCUUCUCUACACAUCACGGUAUAUUACACAUGUACAUGCGUUAACGUCUGAUUGAUUGUGUCCGCCGGAAAUCAGCGGAAACGCGUCGAGCGGGACGCGCGCUCUUCUCGCCACGGUUUUGCCGUUUUGCGCAACGUGCUGAUCUUGUACACGCGAGUGCUCGAGUGUCACUGCUACGCGGAAUUAAUAAUUGUCGAGCAUUGUGUAAAGCACGCGUGGUCGCUCGGGCCCUGGGAUCCUCGUCAGCACGACUCGAAUCACAUAGCAUGAGACUAGUAUUAGAAAGACCUAGGAUUCGCGUCCGGCGGCGCCAAGUGCCAAACGAACCGCAGCGAGACGUGUCACUUCAGGCGGCCAGCAAGUGCGUAACUCGCUGCUUCCGAGUGGCGAGCUUCGAGCUUCCCUUCCAGCUCGCGUUCUUUCCCGAGGCCCGAGUGGCGGUCUCACCUUUUCGGUCUCGCUCGUCGCUCCGCUUCCGCUCGUCAUUCCCAGCGGGUCGCGUUUCCACGCCUUUCCAGAGGCAACAGGUCAAUAAUAGACACAAUCCACUUUGCGCGCGGCGGCACUCGCGAGCGAGCAAGCUGGCUCUCUCGCGCUUGUAUCUCGUACGUGUGUGGCACUUACGAAGUUACAAGCGACACAUCGCGAGAGACACGUGUAUAACUAUGUAUAAUAUAUAGAUACGCGUGAUACACGUGUAUAUACAUAUAUACAUAUACAUAUAUAUAUAUAUUUUUCUUCAAAUAAUAGAAGACAAUAUUUCUCCGCUCUCCAUCGCGUCAGAAUAUAAAGAUAAGACUUUAGCGGCACGCGAGUGUAACUCGAUUAAUUCGAUUAAAUUCGCGUUAACGUGUUAAGACUUUCGAGCGACGUGACUUCACGUAUCGCGCACACGCGUAGGUACGCGUGCGUGUAGCUGUAAGGAUUGGAUUAUGUAACAGUAUCGUGUGUACCAGCGACAUUAUGCCGCACGCGAUCGGCGUGCCGGCGUCACUCGAUGAGCUCCUAAGAGAGUAGAGAGGAAGAUGAGUCGGCGGUUCUACUUAAGUUAAGUUUAAGCGAAUAGUGUUAUUAAACGAUAGAGGAUAUAGAUGUUUGAGCGAGUAAACAAUAAGGGAACGAAAGGGAACGAGAUGCGGAGGGAUACUUCCCCGACACGGAACGGAUACUUAAAGGAUAUUAUUAUGCAUCUUUAUAAAUAUACACUUGAGGAUAGCGCGUUUGUGACUGCAAGAAACCGAAACUCAAGAUUGAGAUUAGCUCACGUAACUCAAGCGAUAAAUUAGGUUUAAGUCUUAAAUAAGGAAGUUGUGAGGCGUAUUGUAAUACAUUAAGGAAAUCACGAGAGAGGGGGAGAGAGAAAGAGAUGGACAAUUUAAUUUAUACGUAAUGAUUUGGAGCACGCCCCGAGAUCGACUCGUCGUGACGGGUACACAUAGUGCUUUCGCGACGUUUCCCGCCGGUUUCCUGUCUUGUCGAAAUCUCGUAUAAAUACGCAACAUAUUUUCUCUUUUCGAUCGAUGACUGCUGUUUUCUGCGUAUCUCUUCUCUUCUUCUCACUAUUAAAUUAAUCGCAAAGUAUUAAGUAUUAAUCGCAAAGUAUAUAUGAUCGAAAAUAGACUCGUAUUUUUUUAAUUAGUUUCGAUUGUUCUCGCAUUGUUGAAUCAUAGAAAGCCCGGCGUGAUAUUUGCUUAAUUUAUUUUCUUCGCUCUCUGUCGUGUAUCUCUCUUUUUUUUCAUUUUACAUUAUUAUUAGCCUGUAAGAGUAUUAAACGCCAAUUUUUACCCAAAUGAUCUCACGUCGAUCGGUAUCGACGAAUUUCCGAAUGUCCGUGCGUGUGUAAUCUCGGCGGUCCCAUUCCAAGUGGGAAAUGCGAAUCGUGAGAGGACGAGAGGAGGAAGAGAGGCCUCGUCGUCGUCGUCGUCGUCGUCGUCGUCGUCGUCGGCGGGACGAACGCGGGGCGUCCUCGUUGAAAAGCAUGUGAGAAAUUUCGAGCAAUAAGCGAUUUGACUCAAACUUUAAGAACUACAUUAUUAUUACGAGUAUUACUAACGAUAAUGCAAAACGCCGCGGCUGCGCUUAAUCGAUAAGAGGAAUAAUCUUAGGUAUACACAAACGAAUACUCGAUGCGAAGGGAUUUGGAUAAACAAUAAACAGCGAAACGAACAGUGCGUCUUACGGGAGUGAGGAAGGAUCGAGUGAUGAGAAUUAGACAGAUCCAAUCUUCCCGAAUGACAAGUAAUAUUCUCUAGUGAGACUAUAUAUAUAAUAUACUUUAAUAUGCAUAUAUAUAUGAACAAAAAAUAUAAUUAUAUACAUACACCGUAACCGCGUAAGGAUAACAAGAAAAAACUCGCGAGUGAUAUUUAUGACAUAUUAAGGGGAUAUUACAAAUAUAAGUGCGAACAAGUAGUAAAAGCGAGAGAACGAGCGAAACUAGUAAUACCGAAUAGUACACGUAGAAAGAGAGAAAAGAAAGAACGAACGAAACGAAACGAAAUGAAACGGAACGCGAGAAUUAACGAAGAAAAGAGUAAUGAUGGAGCAACGUCGCGAGUAAAAAUUGGCCGAGAGGUGUGCGUCUUGUUCCAACUUUUCCAUUUUCCGCUUGCCGAUAACGCGCGAAACCGCAGCCCUCGUGGACACCCCCACAACAUCGACACGGUAUCCUAAUUCUCGUUUCUCUGGCCUUUCUUCCAUCUACCUCUCUUCACCCUUUCUCUUCCCACACCGCUAUCUCUCUCUCUCCCUCUCGCGAAAAUGGAGAACUUUCGGACCAAAAACGCCGACAAAAAUGAAUUCCGCUCGAUUAUUAUUCCUUGGUGUCUCAAACGGAAGUGAGAGAGAGAAAGAGAUGCGCCGUUCGCGGGGGUGUUCCGGAGGGGAGGUGUCGGUAUCGUCCAGCUUUCGACGCAUCGUCUCAUGAUUUAUUUUCAAAGUUGCCUUCUAGGAGCACAGAAAUUUUGAUGGGCGUUGCCGGGAGCUCGACGAUAACGUGCAUCCUUCGGUGAUUGGCGAUUGGGAUCGGUACGAUUUCGGUGGAUUAGUUCUUCUGUGGACGAAGCUACAGAGAAGUACACAUUUAUACGUGCGUUUUAUCCCUGCCGGAAUAUCCAUGAAGAUUAUUGUUAUGUAUUUACAGCCAAUGUUCCGCUUUGCCGAAAUCUUAAUGCCAAUCAUCGAAAUUGCAAAUUGAAACUGUCUCGCGCGUCUCGAAGAUUUGGCAAGUUGCGUUUAACGAUGGACGGUACUCCUCUCGGUCCGAUGAAGAGGGUGAAGAAAGAGCGAAACAUUUUUCGCGCAAUUUCAGCAAUAAAAUUUAGCCGUACGGAGUGGGUUGCUUUAUCCGCGAUUUUGCGAAGUGUCGUUUCUCGACGUUUCUACUAUCAUUUCGGAAAUGUCUUAUCGCCCCGAUGUGAGACGGUUUUAGCGAGCGAUGAUUUUCUCAAGUGGAGACGUUAUGAGCUAUAACAGGAAAUCUGUUUGCCUGAUUCGAUAUUGCCCGUUCGAUAAACGUGAUUCGGUAGAGUUGCGUCACACGGUAUGAUAAUGUCAAUUUGUUACGCAUCAUGCACGAGUCACACGCUACAAUGAGAGUGCAUGCGAGUUCGCUUAAUCAAAUCACGAUUGCACGAUCGACAUGCGAUCGAGUGGUCGUACAGUCGGAUAUUAUAUCCUAUUAUAGCCCAUAACGUGCGAUUAUCGCGACAUAUUGUAACGUCGUCGGAUGUGUCGUCGCAACUACAAGCAAGUCAAGGACGUCAAGUUGUAGAGGCGUGAUCGAUAGCAGCUCGAGUAAUGUUAAAAUCCCUUAUGGGACACAAAGUCGUAUGGACUUUGAAAAACGGAAAUGCAAAGCACUUAAUGCAAGUUUACAAAUCAUGGUACAUUUCAGUUUUGUCUUCUGUGGUUAUCAGGUAGAUCACAACAUGAAGCAGUAUUAAUUAAAAUUAAUGGAAUCCAUUUAAAUCCCCAGUGUCCUAUAAAGAAUUGAAAAGUUACUCUGGCUGCUGGUCGUUUUGUAAGGUGGGGUCAUCGUACAAUUUUCACCGUAAAAUUGUCGCCAUUACUAACGGUCAAGUUUCACGAUUCCCGCAUAGCGAGAUCGACGUCGACUUUGAUGAUUGAUCUUCGCCUCUUUUGCUGUAUACUAAUCGGAUAUCUCAGUGGCAAGAACAGCAUCCGCCAUUAUUGAGAAAUGUUAUCAUGAAAGACCACCUCUUUCUUCAGCAGGUCCUCCUUUCCUCCCCUGUCGAUGUCUCCCGGUUCGUCAGCUUCACACACACCCAUCCUCUUUAGUAUGUAUUCACAUAUGUAUAUAUAUAUAUAUAUAUAUAUAUAUUAUAUGCAAAUAUAUAUACAUAUGUGUAUAUUUGUAUAUCUAGCUCUGAUGAUUAUAUGUAUUUCAUAUUGCGAAUGUUGAUAGUAAUUAUUUUAGCGUAGCUGGUAUUUUUUGAUGAGCGCUAACCACCAUUAGUUGUGUAUGAAACGUAGGUGAAGCAUGCUGGUUGAGAUAUCUUUCCUCCUAUGAUUGUCAUCGGCCCUUUUUGUAUCCUCGGAACAGACCUCUUCCCUGCCCUCGUCUUCCGCUUCUUUAUUCGCUUGCAAUUCCGCUUUCCCGAUACAUACGUCGCCGCUCGAACGUUCAAGAUAAUGAUGAGAACAACAAGAGUAGAAGGACAAAAUAAGAAAAAAGAGGGAAACAUGGUGAAAACCUGCCAACGUACGUUCAUACGUCGAGGCCCCGUGUAAUCGCGCGGUGUUCUCCAAUCUCUUGCCGAUUACCGAUCGACGUGUUCGUUAUUGCUCCGACUCGUCGAUACAUUCGUUCUUCCCGCGCAAUUAAGUCUUCUCGUCCGAUCAUUCCGGUAAUCGCGUGUAUCACGAGCGCGCUCCUCAUCGUCCAAUCAUCCACUGCGAUCGUGCACCGAUUCGCCGAUUAGCGUUUUUUUCUCGUUCUCGAAGAUUUUCAACCGAGCAACCACGUCGACGAAUUAACGCGGGAAUUUUUGGCAAACGACGGAACGCGAUCGAUGCUAAGUGUAAGACGCGGACGUCUCUGCGCGAGUAACUUCGCGACCUUUUUACCUCCAUUGUACUCUUUUCCGCUUGCCCUUCCCCCGCCGCCUAUGACUAUUAUCCAGUUCUUUCUUCCCGUUCACGAUCCCGUGCGAGUCCCAAGUAUAAAACCGACUCUGAAAUGUUAAGACGCAAACCGAGAGACUACCGCAGCGAAAGUAAUUUUACGAGAAAUCAAUACUUGGCGGGGAGAAAAGUGAAAAUGACGCGAAAGAGAGAGAGAAUGAGAGAGAGAGAGAGAGAGAGGAAGACAGAGAACAAAAAAACCGAACUAUGUAGUGUAUAUAUACGAUAUGCAUCUCAGAUAAUUCACCCAACGUCUGCGUAAACGUUGGCACUCGAUACUCCCAAUACGAUACUCGAAUAUUACUACUGUUGCUACUUACUCAUCGUCAUUAUUAAUCGCCAUUAUCAUUAUUAUUAUUAUUAUUAUUGUCUAUUAUUAUCAUCAUUAUUAUUCUUAUCCAUUAUUACGCAUUCAGCAUCAUUAUUAUGCUUGUCAUUAUUAUUACGAUUAUUAUUAUUAUUAUUAGCGACUUACGUGAACGCAAAGAACACCCUCGUAUAUUCAUACGCUGUGACACACUUUACACGCGCGGCGCAUCGCGUGCGUGCCCCUGCGAAUCGAGACGCGGUUUUCUCGAGGGUUUUCUCCCUCUUCCUCUUGCCCCUUCUCCUGCCUCCUAUUCGCGAUAAUUCCGCGUUUUAUUGUUGUUAUAUAUUUCUAGUGCCAGAGCCACGUGCAUGUGCCAUAAAGGGGAUAAUUGUCAGAUCGCGAAGCUGUUAAUUGCGGGGGUGUAACCGAUUUGGUUCUUGAAAAAGAGAACAACAAACAAAAAAGAAAGCGUCGCAGAAAGACCGAGGAGUGCGGGUGAUUCACCAUGUAAAGUCAUUCCCGACGUGGCGAGGGGUGGACGAUCAAUGUGACGCGAGUCGACUCGUACGCGAACUCGCCCCUCCCCCUCCCUUCCUCCGCCCGCUGCCCCCGCUUAUAUCUAACCAGCGUCGCACGACUCGAAAUUCGAGAGACCUCGAUGGUCUUUUUCCUUUUUUUUCUUUACUUUUAGCAAAUUUGCUCUUUCGUUUUUUUCUUUAGUCGCGAGGGCCUGAGUAAACGCGAUGUUCGAGUUUCCCGAUUUUUGUUGGCGUUUCCGUUCGGUUCUCGUUUCUGCUUCUCGAUUCGCGUCGUUCCGCGUCGAAUUUCUGGAUCCGCACUUGAUCCGCAUCCGGCAAUAAGGAAAAUCGACGGAUUAUCCCGCGACGAUUUUCACGUUCGCCGCGCGUCGCCACACGCACGUGAUGAACACGCAACGACGAAUAUACACGCACGCGCACACACACAACGCAUAUACAUGGAACACGCAGAUACGAUACGUACACACGAGGACACGAGAAUACACGACGUUAACAACGCUCGAUGGCAUACGCCGAGAACAGCAACACGAACGAAAACCGUAACGUAAAAAUUAGUAUAGGUUGAUGCCUAGAGAAAUUGCCAAUAAAGUAGUUUAAAACUUGUAGCUAACUUUCUAUUUGUGUAUCUCUCCUUUGUAUUUUCUCACUGAACCCCGCCUAUAAACCCCUUUUCCAUCCCUUUUAGCUGUAUAGAUCCCAGCCAGGAGCUCCCGAGGACUCUAUCUGCGUUCCAUCCUCUAUAAUUUAUCAUUGGCGAACCUCCGUAUUUCUCUCUUGCCUAACUUGUUGGCAGAAAGUAAUUGCGUUUUGGUGCUGUAUAUAUACUAUAUACAUAUAUAUUUGAUUAUUCUCUAUCUAUAUUUACCAUACAUACACGUUUAUUUGUUCCUCCUCCUACUGUCUUCUAAUAUAUAUAUAUAUAUAGCUACCGUCUUAUGUAUACAUAUAUCUAGAGUGUAUUAUAUAUUCUUACAGAUAGGCCUCUUCUUGUUUCUGCUCCUCGUAAUAAUCAUUGUUUUUUGACUUCUUAUCACUAACGCUCGGACGUAAGCGUGCCCUGUGUUUUUGCGUCCACACUUCCCGUUUAGAAAGCGCGGCGUCGCGCGCCCCGCGGGGUUACAGCGACACGCUAAUUGGCUAAUUAAUAUUAAAUCGCAAUUAGCCUCGUUAACCCCGCCGGGCGCUCGUUUCGAGCCGCUCUCUGGUUGGUCCAAACUCUCGUGGCUCAUUUCGCGCGCGCCUGUUCUCCGUUCUCUGCAGAACGACAGAGCAGAAAGUAAAUCGUUUCCGGAAACGCGAAUCCAGAUCGAGUGUCUCGGAAUGCGAGAUAGCGCUGGCCCGGAAAGCAAAAAUUCUUUUUUUAGAAAAAUUGAGCUGUCGUGUAUAAAUAAAAUCCUUUUGAAUAUAUAAAUGGUGUAAAUGAUCAUAUUGUUUUUUUUUUAAUUGUUCAUACACGAUAACGACCGAAAUUUAUACACAAUAUAUAAAAUUCACUUGAUUGAGUCGUGAAUCAGUCGCGCGAUAUUAUUAGCAUCGAAACGGUAAACUGCCGUCGAAAUAUUUCUCCGGAUUCUGGAUCCGAGUGAUUUCUCCCUCUCCUGGGCAGAGUUGCCUCUCGAAUAUGCGAGCAACGUCAGAAAUCCGCGCUAAUCUUGUAAAGAAGAAUAUUACAUUUACUUCGGUAAAUGUAACACCGACUGACUUUCAACUUCGGUAUCACUUGUUGCUCUAUUUGCCGUUGCUCUCCGCAAAGAGGAUUACUGACGUGCACGCCGUGCACUUUCGCCCCAAAACCGCCAGCUAUUCCUCUCUGCCAUCUGAUUCGACAUCCCGCGAAUCGGUUCCUACCGUUGCCACGAUCAGAGAGACUCGAUCGAGAUGAAAAAGGAAAAGCGGAUGACGAAAGACUUUUCACAGUGUUUCGGCCGACCAGAGAAUAGCGCGCAUCUUUCUCUAGAUAGCCAUCUUGAUGAUUAUGUCUCCUGUUACCUUUAUCUUCCCCUAUAACGCUUUUUAAGUGGUUUUAAAACAAUCGGCGAAUUUGUUGUAGCGCAUGCAUCUUAGCUAGACCAUCUCUGGCGCACUCUAACCGGCAAGUAAAAAGUAUACUUCAACGUAUUUCAUUAACACUCCUCCUUGAUGACCCACUUCCCCAUUAGCCCCCGCGUUCAGUUAACGCGGUCAAUUUAUUGAUCUCGGUUCUCUCCGUAAAACUAAUACCGAGAUAAACGAGCGAAAAAGGUCAGCCUUCUUCUCCUGAGGAACCGGUAUAGCUGGGACCAGGCCUUGUCAAUAUGUAUUUAAAUCUUCAUCCUCUCGCAGCAAGCAUUUCAACAGUUGGAAAACUGUUCAAUAAAUCGCGCACUGAUUAUCUCUGCAAAAUAUUCAAUAAAAUUUGAUUGAAUAAAAAAUAAAUCAGCCAGAUAAAUCGGGAUAUAAAAUAAUGCAGAUAAUGGAUGUGAAAAACGUGGGAUUGUGAAAUUUUAAGCGCGCAUCGCGCGCUUGUUGCUGCAACGAUUUGAUAAAUCUACUUUCGUUAUAAAAAUUAUAUAAUAACGUUCGGGUAAUUUUAUUACUCCUGAUAAUGUAUUUGGUACACGCAUAUGGAAAAAACACAAUAACAAUCGAUUAUUAUGUCGGCAGCUAUACCGGCUGUGUUCCUCGCAUCGUCAUCCUUUGUUUUAGUUUCCGUGCCUUGUCUCCUUCAUCCCUUUUUCCUAUUCUCUCCCUUCCCGCGGUUUUUAAAUAAUACAUAUCCAAUUUCUUCCCCUAACGAGUAUAAAUAAUACAUAUCCAUAGCCGGUCGGCGCGUACAUUUUGCUACUUGAUAUCGAAGUAGAUGUGUGUUCUAAUAGCCUUUUUGGAGGCGCGUAGGCGUAUUUUCGUUGUACGAGAACGAGACCAUACCUCGUCCCAUCCCGAAAAACCAUCAUCGAUACUUACGCACGCUCGCUCGGAUAAGCGUCUUUAUCGAUGCGCAUCUCUUUCUUUCCCGCGAGAUUUUAUUUUUACAAAUCUUCCACAGAACGGAAGUGCCUGUAAUAUUUACGUGCACCGUCGAGUUUAUUUUUACAUUAUUGAUCGUAAGUCACGUAAGUGAUUGAUCUAAAUUGAAAAGCGGCGAUGGUGGUGUUUAGUGCGUGAAACGGUACGAAGAGAAGAUAUAAAUGAUUCAUAGUCGGACGUCAGCAGCGCGCGAGAAAAAGAGGAUGAUGAAUCCGUGCAUCGAUGUAAACGCGCUUCGCCGAUAUACGAGCGUGCAUCGGCUCCACCACAGCACGGAGAAAGACACUCCUCCAAGUUCCCAAGUUUAUCGCUUUAUUAGAGAAGACAGAGAGCCCGAACAACCGCUUCCCUUAAAAAAAAAGACAAA